UGUGUGCUGGAGCGGGUGGCCGCCAUGUCUCUGGAGCCAGGCCAAGGUGGCAGGUGGACGAGUCGUCUGACUGGCCUCCUACACUCCCUCCACGCCCACGCCACGCCCGUGCCCGCCCAAGCUGAGGGGUCACCUGGGGACAAGUCGUGUGUAAGAUACGUGGGGGGUGAGGGGUCCCCCGUGGUGAGGUACGUGGGGGGUGAGGGGUACUCGUGUGGUCGUGGCUCCCCAUCACCACCUCACAUCACCACCAUCUCCGCCGCCCUCACUAUCCAUCCUCACUCCACCUCUUCUUCCUCCUCCUCGCCUAUAUGCGCCCACACUCCGCCCAGCGCCCCGCCCGUCACGCCCACGGGCUCCUCCACGCCGCCCACGCCAGACAGUGAUAGUCAUUUAACCCUCUCGUGUAGCCAGUGUUCCAGCCCUCUGACCGCCUCACCCCUCCACGCCCACCACCACCACCAUCACCCAGCCUUGCCUCAUGCACGCCCAGACUCACACGUAUUUGAGGUACGGGAGCCGUGCACGUGUGAGGAACGACUGUUAUUGUCCGAUGCUCCCCCACACCGCCACCCACCUCACACCCAGCUCCACCUCCUCCCCACUGGCGCUGAUAAGUCGUCCAGCACCCUUGAUAACAUAACUGCAGGUGAUAACACGGCGGCAGUCUACCACACCACGAUUUCAGGUGCGAGUUACGACAGUGGCGGUGAAGGUGAGGAGAGCGGCGCGACCCACCACAGUGACGCACCAGGGGACGCUCUACCCGACACCAGAGCUACGAGUAAACACCCCAGAGGUUAUCACACUCUGGGGAAAAAACUCAAGAAGAUAUUAUUUAAAUGGUCAGAACCCCCGGGGGACGAAGCGACCAAAGGGCGGUCUUUUAUCCCGACUGACACACACUUGGACGGAAGCACGCCUGAGGUGGACGACAGUACUGUAGCGGAAACAGAUAGUGGCGAUAGUGAGGGAGAGAGAGAGCCAGACCAGAGAGAGAGAGAGGAAGUGAGAGCAGGGGAGACACCAGCAGGUGACGAGGCACACACUGCCCUCACCAUACAACACCACCCCUUGCCUCUCCUCGCCUCCCUCACUCUACAGCCUCGCACUGGCGAGGACGACGACACUGACUCCUCCGUCACCAGUCAACCUCACGCUGCAUCCCUACCCCAACGUGACUCUCCCCUACACGCUCCUCACGCACCCGGUCAACCGUCUCGGCCACGUGAUGAAGACACUGAACACUGGGUAGAGAGCAGCGGUGUGCCGAGUGAGGGCGAGGAGAACGGUGAGAGAGAACACAGGAGUGGAGGCGGUCGGCGGGAGAGUAUAGGAAGCGUAGUGAGUGAGGGUGGAGGUGUGAGAGGUGUCCAGCGUGUGGUGUCCUCCACCUUAUCACAGUGGAGGCGUCUCCAGGGUAGUGUAGGCUGCCUCACCACUGCCAUUAAGCAGCGCUACCAUCACCGCCUCCUCAGACGCGAGGUCUCAACGCCCAUAACAGGGCAGAAGGAACCGACUGCAGGACGGGAGGAAACAGUAGGAAGGCAGGAGUACCCGUGGGCGGCCUCCCCGCCCACCCGCAGAACACAGAGAUCAGUGACAGACAAACCAACAUGCGCUGAUCUGGAUCUGGAAGAUAACUACCCAGACGAUGAACUUGUGGACGGAGAAACUUCACCAGAUGUGUCUCAGAUUAAGUCCUUCGACGACCUGGGUGGUAGUAGUGAGCUCAUAACUAGUGGGGACCUCGGCGUGAGUGGCAGUGACGUGACGAGCAUCACGUCAGGCGAGGCCCGGGAGGGUUUAUCGGUGUGCACGUCGCCAGUGGGAGUGUCGUCGCCCAGCACCUCGUCAGGAACUACCUCAUCAGAUGACACGGGGGACACUAGCACAGGCACCGUCAUAUUCAAGUCUCUGGCUGCUGACACACUGGAUGAUGAUGAUGGUGACGCCCUGCCAGACGAGGCUGUGGUGAUGGACAGGGGUGACAACCUGCUGCAGGAAGGUGUUACUCCACACCAAGACCUUGAUGAAGAGGAACUGGACGAGGGUGAUCUAACUCCCCACAUCUCCUACACCGACAUCACAGCCUCACUAAACGAGGUUGACGCCAUGAGUGAAGUGGUGCUCACUGACCUCGCUAAUGAUACUCAAGAAUCAAGAAGGAUGCCCAGACGCAGUAACGACGGCGUCAGUUGUGAGGGAGAGCCGGUGGCCAAGCGUCCUUCUCUGGCUGGCUUGGACGAUGGUCACCAACACACCUACUCCCCGCACCCCACGCCUUCCUCUCCGCACCCCACGCCUUCCUCCCCGCUACCACAUCCGCCCCCUGUCGCCAGCCCACGCUUAGCUCUCUCCCUCACUCGCAAGCAGUUCUGCGAAGGUAUGAUGGGCGGAGAUGACGACGCCUCUCUGUUGGGUGAAACGGAGAGUGAAGGAGACAGUGGUAGUGAGGGCACCGAGAUGAAGGAACUGUUGCUCCCAGGUGCUAGUGACGGAGGUAGUGAAGACGUUAAGCAGAGUGAUGAAGUGUAUGUCUCCACCACCACAGAAGAUUGGCACCUGGAAGAAGUAUCUGUUGGCCAGCAGGAAGGUCGUCCCGCACCUCUUCCCGAUGAGAUGUCAGAUUACUCCGAGAACGAUCAAGAAACAGGUGGUGAUAAAAGUGUAACAAGAGAGAGAGAGAUGGCAGAGAGACUGGCUGGUGGAGUCAUCGAGAGGAUCACGGGAGAUGGAAGAGGUAAGGGGAGUGACCAGGUGGUGCCCGGGGGUCAAGAGGAACCACCCGUGACCCCGGGGAUAACUGACGGUGUUGGUCAAGGUGAGAGAGAAGUGACGCAGGUGAUAAGUGAUGACCACAAACAACAACAGCCAUAUGUGACCCCGGUGAUUAGUGUUGACCUUGUUUUAAGUGAACAAGAGGCAGGAGUGACCUCUGUAAGUGGUGAUCAAAGACAACAGGAACCACAGUUAACCCGUGAUGACCUUGACCACACCCAGCAGACACCAAGUGCGAUCCCAGCAAUUAGUGUUGACCUUGUCCAGAGUCUGCCACACCCAGAUAUGACCUCAGAUGUUAGUGAUGACUUUGAUAACGGUCAACAAAAACCAAAUAUCAUUCCAGAAAUUAGUAUUGACCUUGUUCAAAGUGAGCCAGAUGUGACCCCGGUAGAAAGUGAUGACCUCGUUCAGGGCCAACAAAAGCCCAGUGGGACCCCGGUAGUGACUGGUGACCUCAGUCAGAGCCAACAAAAGCCCAGUGGGACCCCGGUAGUGACUGGUGACCUCAGUCAGAGCCAACAAGAGCCCAGUGUGACCCCGGUAGUGACUGGUGACCUCAGUCAGAGCCAAAAAAAGCCCAGUGUGAUCCCGGUAGUGACUGGUGACCUCAGUCAGAGCCAACAAGAGCCCAGUGACACCCCGGUAGUGACUGGUGACCUCAGUCAGAGCCAACAAGAGCCCAGUGUGACCCCGGUAGUGACUGGUGACCUCAGUCAGAGCCAAAAAAAGCCCAGUGACACCCCGGUAGUGACUGGUGACCUCAGUCAGGGCCAACAAGAGCCCAGUGACACCCCGGUAGUGACUGGUGACCUCAGUCAGAGCCAACAAGAACAAAGUGUGAUGCCAGUAAUUAGUGAGAGUGUCACUGAGGGUGAACAAGGCUCAGGUGUGGUGGGUGACAGAGGCCAAGUUCCGGUGGUGGAGAGUGACGACGAUGACGAUGAUGACGAGAGUGUGGCGGUGGGUCAUCGUGACGAGGAAGAUGAUGAUGAUGAUGAUGAAGGAGUGAGUGUGACCCAGGAUGAUGGUGACGUCACUAUGGAUAUGGGCGGUGAAGACGAGGUGUUGGUGGGCAUGGACGGUGGUGCCGGCCCGAGGAUCCUGGUCACCGAGGCUGUGGGCGUGAGCUCCGGCACCACGCCCACCAUAGUGGUCGAGAGUGGUAGUGCGGCGUCAGGAAUGGGCGGCUCCCUAGAGGGGGCAGCAUUCUCCACCCAAGGCACCUUCACCCCAGCCUCCACCCUCGCCGCCCACCUGGCUGCCCAUCCCCGCCCACCUACACCCAAAUCGCCCAUUACCGUGGAUGAGUGGGUGGCCGCCCUCCCCCAGACCAUUAGUGUGGAAGAGGACGGCGAGACAUGGGGCCCCGUGGAGGUGAUCGGCGGCGACGAGGAUAUGCUCUAUUUGGGCGCCGAGGCUGGUCUCAUGUGUGUCUCAGAAUCGUUAGUGACAUCUUCAGUAACCACGACCGGUGCAGCACGGUUGUCACGGGCAGAUGCCUCAGUAACUGCCUCUGUCACAAUUGCUGGUGCUGCCACAUCAACAGCCUCCCAACCUGCCAGUGCUAUCAGUGUGACCGAAGAUGCCGCCGCAUCAUUGAUGGGAGGCCGCUUACACCAUCCACCUUCGUCCUUCUACCAGCCUAGUCAGAUUGAUGGAGCUACUGCAGUCUUUACCAGGCCACUCACCCUAACUGACGUGGAAAUAACACUUCAGGAGCAGCAGGCUGACAAGAUGGGGGUUGAGGGGCGACGCUCUCAGUUUGCUUCACUCCGGGAAAAACAAUCAUCUUUCCAGAGUGAACUUUCAGGCCUCUCCUUCCACAGCAAGUCAAGCAUCGAUUCGCUGUUGGAAUCUCGUCAAGCUGAUCCUGUAGAAGUGCUGCUGAGCCUCGGGUUUGGUGGCCAUGCGCAGGACGGAAUCUCACGUAUUCCAGAGAGGUUUCUUAGACCCUCGCAGGUGCCCGGCAAUGAUAUUGACGAGUUUAUGAGGUCAGAAGAUGAAAUAUCAGAAAUGAUGGAGACAGCAGAGAUGAUGCCUGGCAUAGACCCACAAGCGCUGCGUCGGUCAUCUGUAGCAACAGUUUCCCCUUUGAUGACCCAGUUGCUUGAUAACUUCCGGGAGUCUCGCACCAGACUUAUGCAUGGAAAUUCCAGUGAUGAACUUCCCCGGACACCUCCAGCCCCAGCUCAACCAACAGGGAUAAAGAGGUUUGCUGCAGUUGCGAAGAAAACGGCAGUGAAGAGUGCCGUGAUGAACACCUUGGCGGCAGUUGGACGGUCGGUCCUGAACCCAGAAAACCGUCGACUGUUAGAUCUACAGGGACAGAAGUCGCCUGAAGUUCCACGCAAGCGACUCAUCAUUGGUCAGGCCUCAUUUGACCUGGACCGUGAUGGCCAGCUACUCAAUGAUGAGGAUGAUCUAGAUGGGCCAGAUGUUAUGUUGGAUCCUCAAGAAGUUGAGGAAGAAGAUGAACCUGACUCCAAAGAUGAGGAAGAUCAAGAAGAUGAUGACGAGCAAAGUUAUCGACCUCACAAACCUCUACAACACAAAGACUCGGUAUGGUCCAUGGCCAGCUCAGCCACCAGCGUUGAAAGCAGCGAGGAGGAGCUGCGUGACCGACGACGUAGUUUACAGCUGCUGUUGACCCGUCACCCACCACCUUCUGAAGCCCCCGAGACACCCACCACCCCAGGAGAUUCUCUCGACUCCCCACAACCGCUGGGUGGUUCAGCAGAUUCUGCCGAGCGUCGUCGCAAACUACUGAAGCGCCUGGGCAGCAGUAAGCGCAUCAGUACAGUGAGCAGCAACAGCAGCAGAGAGGUGGAUGAGUUGAUCCCAGAGGAAGAGUUGGAGGAUGAUGGUGGUAAGGAGCCUUCCCAUCACCAGAUAAUCAGUGAGGCUGAUGUGCCUGUCCACAGUUCCAGUGAUCCUGGCAACUCUCUACACUUUAAUACACCUCAACAGUUCACACAAAACUUAUCAAGUGAAAUGCACACCCAGAACUCUGUAUAUAUCACACAAGCAACCAGGAGUGCACUUGACACUGGCCAAAAUAUUCUUGUACAUGUACCUUCUCACAGUGCCUUUCACCCAUUGCAACCAUUGUUACAUUGUUCCUCCUGCACCCUUGACCCAACAGCACAUCAUACAGAUAUGUUUUCAGCCUCUACUGUUGUAAUGGAUAAUUGCAGUGAGUCUGUAAGAUCACAUCUGAUAAAUCGCCCUAUUGUCAUUGGAGAUCCCCGAAAUGUGCCAAAUCAUCGGGGUGCGUGCAGUUUGCGACGGCAACAAUGUGUGGAUGAAACUUGUGCGGACGUCAGGUGUCAGUCACCGCCUACUCUACAUCUCCCUUGGCCUCACCUCCAGCAGCAUCACCCCCACACCUUAACUGCAGACCAGGCACGAGGGGGAGGCCAUGAUGGUUCACAGGAUGAAGGUGGGAGGCUGGGGGCAAUUGGGCCACUGUGUCGUUCAGGCAGUGCCCAGUCAGACUCCUCAGGCUUUAUGGAGGGAGACACUGGCGAGGGAGAGACCCGAGGACCUGCUGUCCAUCCCUUACCCCUGUCCAGUGUCCAGCACUCGAGCACGUCAAGUCACCCCACCGGUCACGGAUGGUGGUGGAGUCGUGACACCGGGUGCAGCAUGGACACCAUCCGCCACAUGCCACUCGGCCGUACCAAGGCUCUGCGUCCUGGCUUUAGUCCUCAAGGCCAGACCAACCUUCGCACCAUCAGCCUCGACCAGACAACCACUCAUCGAGAUCACGGCUCUGGGACUCAAGGUGGCCGCGUCCUUGGCCUCGUCCCUCCACACGGUUGUCGGGACCAUAACUUGAGCCAUCACACGGGUCACACUUUAACCGUGGGUCCCGUUGCCAGCGGCCUUGCCUCUAAUUGUCAUCCCCACUUUCAUCAUGCUCAUAGUCUCGAUUGUUCAUCAUCUAGUCACAGCCACAACUCUCAUCCCACUCCUGUAAAUCCUAGUCAUAGUCUAGAUAAUUCAGCAUUUCAUGCAUACCACGUUAAACCUCCAGUAGAGCAUGCACCAAAAGUAAUUGCUAAUGGGCAACAUACACCAGCGUGUACGCAGUACUUCACCUCGUAUCCAGAACCUGGAAACUCGUUACAUAAUUCAUAUCAUCCAUCUGACACUUGGUGCAGACAACACACAUCACAAUGGCAGCAGCCCUCCAGCUCAAAACACAAGGUGAGGCAGAGGCGGCACUCUUUUCCUGAGCGUCUACCCCCCAGCCUGGCUCCUGAAGUAAGACAACCACGCCACACUGUUACACAGCAACACCAGAUAUCCCAAUCAGUGCCUUCACAACUACAGCCACCGAGGCAGCUAGCGCAAUCAUCCUUGUUGCCUGACCCAUACCAGCCUUCCCAGGGCCACUGGCAUGCUGUCAGUAGUGAGUAUCUGUUCCCUCCUACUAACAGCAACAGCUUGGCUAACAAUCACUUCUCUAGUGGUGAGGGCAGGAAACUUGAGGACACCAUCACCGAUCAACGUGUGAACCAGACCUGUGAGCCACAGUCCCUGUCUCAUGAGCUGACGAACACUCUUCAGUCAUACCGUCAGCAGCUGCUACAUCAGGAGCAACUGUCCCAUCAGCUGUACAGAAUUGCUGCUGACACAGCCACCUCUCCUGUGACCUCCCAGCAAGUGUCCCUGCAGCUGCACAACAUUCGGGCCAUUAGGGCUGCCAUCCGGGCUGAAGUCAGCCACAUGGAACAGCUGAUGGCAGGAGCCAAACCCAAUUCUCUGAGUCAAUCAUGUGUUAGUAGAGUUGUGGCACAGAUGGUGCUCCUUCUUCAACAACAAUCAGAACUAUGUCGUGACUUGGAGACGCUCACCCUGGCAUCAAGACAGCCUUCACCAGAACCUUCUGAUUAUUGUGCCAACAGCCAAGAUCCAACAGUGUCCCACAGUCAUCCCCCUAGUCAGUCAGAUCUUCUGGAGAACCCUUCAUCUCACCAAAAUCCCCUGAGGGAUAGUUCAGUUUCUCUAGGUGAAGUGAAGCAUAGUUCAACAUCAUUAGGAUCAGAGAAUAAUAAUUCAGUUCUCUUGGAUACUUAUACUAAUAUGUCUGCCAUUCCAGAACUUUCUAAGCAUAAUUCAGACAAUCCAGGGACUUCCAGUUAUAAUGUAAAAGUUCAAGACAAAAAUGUUCCUAUAAAACUAGAAGAACUUUCUAGUACAGUGCCAGGGGCACAAAAACCUUGUGAUAAUGCUAAUACUUCAAGUUCAUUCGGCUCCUCUAAUUACUUUUCCCUAGAAAAAGACGGAUAUUAUCGUCGUUCAGUUUCACAAGAAUCUUCAAGUUACUCUUCUGACCCAAAAAGUUUACCUCAAAAUAACCACCAAAUACAAGAUACUACAAGGAGACAAGAAGCUGAAAGGGAAAAAAGAGAACCAGUGUCCUGUACGACAUCUGCAUCAGGAGCUGUUGAUGCAGACAGUAGUCUGUCUUCAGAUGUUAAUGGACAGGUGGCUCAGCUGGUGAGACAAGAGGUGUUGGGUCAGACAGAGGCUCUGCAGCAACAACUGCACAAACAAACCACAGAUGUGGCCGAUAUUAAAACUAUGAUGCAACUCCUGCUUAGCAAGUUAAAAUGACCACAUUAUGUGGCCACAAGAAACAUUAAAAUAUCCUUAGUAUAUAUAAAAAUCUAUGAAUGUGCUCUAACAGUUGAGAUUCAACCUUGCUGUCAGAUGUUGCUUCUAAAGCUUGGGUGCUUUUUGUAUUUUUGUGAGCCAGUUGUUUAUUGUAGUAAUAUUAGCACAAGUGUAUACACAUCACUCAAACUGUUUUAUCUCAUAUUUAUAGGUCAUGUCUUCAGCUGCUUGAUGCUAACAUUGACUGUGUCUGAUUGUGAAGAAAAUGCUCAUCAGGUGCACAUGAACCAAAGGACAUUAUGGUAUUGUUUUGUAUAUUAUUUUAGCUAUAUCUUGUGCACAGAUAUGAAUUAAGUGCCUAACUUUGCUAUUAAAAACUACUUCCAUGUUCAGUAGACACCUGAGUGCCUUCUUAAUUAAGGAAAACACAUGUGCCUUCCAAUGUGAACUAAGAGAUUUUUGAACUCUUCAAAUGUACAGAGGCUGCUGGAGGUUAACAUGAUAUGUAGGUAUUUCCAUUAAGUAACUGUGAUGACGAUUUUAUUGUAUAGUUAUAGCAAAGGAAACUUCCAGUAUAUCUAUGCAUGUGAAUGUGUACAUUUUAUCAUCAUUUUAGCAAGGUGCCAACAUUACCAGGUGCUGACUGCUCCCAGACUGUAUAUUGUGCAGCCUGUCUUGUCAAAUCUCAGUUCCACAAUUGGAAUUCAUAACAUUUAAUUCAUUUUAUUAUCAGUACAGGUGUUAUAGAAUAUCUGUAGUCUGGAAUUAUUCAUUAUUAUUCCUAGCAUUUUGAAAUGUUUGUGCUGAAUGAAAUAAUAUUGUGGUUUUGGAUGAGUUUGUCUCACACGAGAUAAACUCUUGUGAUGUUCAUCUGUGAUGUUAUAGUAAUUUUUUUCUUUGUAGUUGCUAAAUAUAAGUUUGUGUUAUUUCAGCCCACUAGCUCAAGAGUUUAACCAUGAUGAAAUUAUCUAUUGUUCUGUGUCCAGUAUCUCAUAUAUGUAUUACAGAAUGAUGCAUACCAGACCCCCACAUAUCCCUGUUCUUAUAUCAUCUUCCCAAACUCUUAACUUAACCCCUUGUGCACAUUUUCCACCUCUUUCCUAGUCCACUUCUGCCUUUACUUCACCUCUGCUUAUUUAUAUAUACACACACUUUGCUUGUCUUUUAACACCCACUCUCCUCUUUGUACAUACCUCAGAACUCUCUGUAUCAAUCACUAUUACACUACAUGAUUCAACACAAUAUAUCCUACUCUCCAGCAGGGUUGUGCACUCUUAUUCUUACACACAUUGCUGAAAUCCUCUUGUUUGGUAUUUUCUUGAAUUUUUAAUCAAUUUUUUCUAAUUUAAUUACAGUACAUCUAAAUCUUCAAUGCCAACAGACUUCUUGUUGGUACAGUUAUUUGUCAGGGGUUACUUACUGAAAAAUAGGGACGAAUACUUGAACAACUGAUAGUGAGGAAAUUUCCCAAAGAGAAUUAAUGGAAUGAGGAGGGGGUUAUGUUCCUAUUUGCCCUUAACAUCAAUCAAGUGAUGAUAAAAGGGAAUUGUGCCAUAAGAAGUAAUGUAAUAAGGUAGGGUUACUGUAUGUUCAAAUUCAUUACCACUGUACCCUACGACAUCCAAACAAAAAAUUAACAAAUUUCUUUACAACAUGUAAUUUAUUAUAUGCUACCUUGUUGUUGUAGUCACCGAAAGUUUAAUACAGUAACCAACUUGGCUCUUUUCAAUUUUGGCCUGUAUGGAACGAACAGUGGUAGGAGGCAGACCCAACUUGCAGACAAUGUUAGCUACACAGAGCUAAGGAAGUUAAACACACUACUAUUUCCUCUAAACACAACAUAUUAGUAACUGGAGUGUUUCUUUGCCAUAGAUUUGUACUGUACCGUUACAGCCACUCUGACCUUACAAAAGUUAAAUACAUAUAAUAUUAAAAAACUACAGUAUUAAUAAAUUUCAUAGUACUGUACCGUUUUUAAAUACAAACCCACCGAUAUUAGGAUUCAGUAUAUAAAUCUAAAACUAUAUGCUACAUAAUAGUCUUGGUAACCGGAGUGUCUGUUUUGGAUAUGUAGCAUAUUGUACAGUCACACCCAGCUUAUGUUACUAAGGUACAGUACACACUAUAGUCCCUGUAUUCAUAUCAAAAGAAAUUAGAACUUAAAAUAUCUAUUAGCUUUUAUAUAAAUAUGUCUGAUAACUGUACAUUAGCAUCCAUUCCUCCCAACACUCUCUUAUCUCCAAUCACUUAACAUAUUUUACUCUUAUAUACUGUAUACUAUCAGCCUAGAUCUCUCCCUUAAUUUAAACUGCAUCAAAUUUGAAUAGUCAUAGAACAAAAACGAUCCCCAGUUCAAAAUAUUAAUUGCUUUCUUCCAGUAAGUUUUUGUCAUUUUUACAAUGUUAUUAAAAUCAAGUAACCAAACCAUAAUUUUCAGUUUUGAGACAAAAAAAUUUCAACCAAAGAGAAAGAUGAAACUUGGGUGUUCUGUCAUCUUUAAAACCGAGAUUGUUAAAAAUUUUAAAAUAUAUUCUCUUCACUGUUCCAGUUCAGAAUCCAGAGUUGAGAAGUUAUAAUUGCUUCACUAGUUGCACUCUUGGAAUACGUUAAAUUCACCCACUUUCUAAAACUCUUUACUAACUUCCUCUAAGUUUUAGAUUUUUUUGUUCUCGUAUUCUGAAACUAGAAUUAGCUGUUGCAAUUUCUAAAAGAGGAAAAAAUUCCAACCACCCAAAAACUUAGUUUACUUUUAUACUCCCGACUUGAUUUCCUAAAAACAAAACAAAAAUAAACGUCUCAACACGCUAAUAGAGAAUCUAGAGUAGUGUUAUAAAGCUGUAGUUCAAGUUAAUGGCUUUGCUAGUGAUCCUUGCAGUAAUUGCAACCAUUUUUAUCCGUUUAUUUCUUGCUUCCAGUUAGUUUUGGAAAUUACAGGUAUUCUUCACUAUCCUAAUGGGUUAGGUUCUUUGAAAACCAUUUGGUUAUUGAAUUUUCAGAUACAGUAGUGAAAAACAUAAUAAAUGGGAAAAAUAGGGCUUGGUUUCCAAACAAAUCCAAAACAAAAACAAUAUUUUACCUACAAAAGAUACUGGUAAUUGGGUUCAUGAACCAAAAAUAUACCUUAAAACAAAUGGAUUCAGUUCACACAAAAAUCUAUUAUUCCUUAAAAAAAAUAUAAAACUAAAUAAAAUGCUUAUACAGUUGGUACUGUACAAUACUUUGUUUCUGGGAACCAAAAUAGCCUCACUUGGCAUGCAAAAAUUUAUUUUCAAUUGGCCCAAUAUCCAGCUAAGUAAAUAUCACCUUCGGAUUGCAUAUGAAUAGAAAAUUCUGAUAAGCGAAUUUUCAAAUAGCGAUCAUUCAGAUAGCGAGGGAUACCUGUAUUAUUCUUCACUCUUUAGUUAGAUUCAAGCAACUGAAAUAUAAUUUCCAGUUAAAGGAAUUUUAUUGACCCCAAUGAAAAAACCUGAUCUAAUAUUGUACAUUAAAUUAAGUAUUUGAUACAGUAUUCUACAUUCUGUUAAAAUAUCUGGAGUUAAUUUUUUUUUAUAAAGAUCAAUAGUCCGCACACUUAUGAAUUCUAUAAAAUUUACAUCCUCUGUACAGUACAUCCACCUUGCUCAAACUCUCACACCACCUCUUGUGUGCUGUAUGUGUUUGAAGCUGUUUGCCCUCUAUUAACUCUCCUUCCUGAAAAAGCCACAUGUUAAUUAUGCUCUUAAACACACAAACCAGUGACCACCUCUCGGUGUUAGGCACUGCAACAUAAAAUUAUGUAUUAAAAUAAUUAGUGAAGAACUCCUUGUGCUGGUUUUCCAAUACAGGUACAGUAUACUGUAAUUCUUCUGUUCUCUUGAUACAACUCUUCCAUAGUUAUAAAUAUUACUUAUAUGCUUAAUAAAAUAAUCUAAAUA